AUGGCUUCACAGAGCUCCCCCACGAAGGCUUAUGUGCUUGGUGUAGGCCUUACCCAGUUUCUCAAGCCACGUCGCACUCGAGAGUAUCCCGAGCUCGGAUAUGAGGCUGGUGUCAAGGCAAUGACCGAUGCCCAGAUCAACUAUGAUGAUGUACAGAUCGGUAUCGGAUGCUACUGUUAUGGCGAUACAACAUCUUCCCAGCGCAUCUUUUAUCAAUUUGGGAUGACAGGUAUUCCCAUAUACAAUACGAAUAAUGCAUGUGCUACAGGGUCCACCGGUCUUCAUUUGGCACGUACCAUGAUCCAGGGUGGUCUUGCGGACUGUAUCCUUGUUGUCGGAUUUGAACAGAUGCGCCCGGGCUCUAUUAAAAGUGUCUGGGAUGAUCGACCUAGCCCGUUAGGUCCCUCAACCACAAUGAUGGAAGAUACAUAUGGAAAGCAUAAGGCGCCACGAAAUGCGCAAUAUUUUGGGAAUGCUGGACAGGAGUAUAUGGACAAGUUCGGCGCCAAAGCUGAAGAUUUCGCGGAGAUAGCACGCAUCUCUCAUGAAAAUUCUCAACGUAAUCCCUACGCCCAGUUCCGCACAGCAUACUCAUUAGAAGAGAUUCUCAACUCAACUCCUGUCUAUGGACCUCUCACAAAACUCCAAUGCUCCCCAACAAGUGAUGGCGCUGGAUCUGCGGUGAUAGUCUCGGAGCGCUUCCUAGCUGCUCGCCCACACCUGAAGUCACAAGCGAUCCUGAUAGCUGGACAGAAGCUUAUGACCGACGGUCCUGAAGUGUACUCUCGCAGUGCGAUCGAUCUAGUCGGAUUCAACAUGUCCAGGCAAGCAGCUCGACUUGCGAUGCAAGAAGCCCAAGUCCGGCCCAGUGACAUCAAAGUAUGCGAGCUUCACGAUUGUUUCUCAACUAAUGAACUGCUGCUUCUGGAUGCGUUGGAAUUCUCAGAGCCAGGGAAGGCGCAUGAGAUGAUACGUCGCGGCGAUAUUACCUAUGGUGGACGUGGCCCAAUUAUUAACCCCUCGGGUGGGCUGAUCUCCAAAGGGCAUCCUCUGGGAGCAACAGGGUUAGCUCAAUGCGCUGAGCUUACUUGGCAACUCCGUGGCUGGGCAAAUAAUCGCCUUGUUCCUAAUGCAGAUGUGGCCUUGCAGCACAAUCUUGGACUUGGGGGCGCAGUUGUCGUAACUGUUUAUAAGAGAGCUGAUGGUCAAAAAAACAGCAAAGUAUCUGAUAGUGAUGUGGAAAAGGGUUCUUGGAUGAGAUACAAUCCCGCUGUUGAAGCUCAACACAUUACUCCUGAAGAUGGUGAGCGUGUUCGUAGCAGAACCAAACGCCACCAAUAUGUGCUGGAAGAUACUGUGAGAAAUCUCCGAGCCAGAAUCUAG